GCGCUGAUAGCGCUUCCUACUUCAUAAAAUUUAUAAACAAGAAAGAACACGAGUGCGAGUUUUAAAUGUUAUUGAUCUGAAAAAGCGGGGUUAUAACUAUUAAAAAAAGAGAGAUAAUUCUUUUUAGAUAUUGUUUUCAAUUCAUCCAAGAUAUGGAACUUUUAAAUAAAAAAUCCAGUCAAAUUUACGUACACAUUGUGAUGGAUAUAGGUUAUCCAAUGAGUGUUGAUAACCUUCAAAAUAUCUUGAAUGCUUUGAAGAAUGCUCUAGCAGUGGGAUAUAGCAUAAAAAACAGUGGAGAAGCAGUUUUCAAUUUUGGAUUUUCUUCGAUGAAUGACAUUUAUCAAAGCAUUGCACCGUUUGAAGAAAAGCGAAAUUUCGCUACAACAUGGAGCAUUUUGAAGGAGUUACAAAAUAUGGUUAGAUCGAACAUUCAAAUUACUAUGGAGGAGUAUGAAGACAUGAUCCAUUUGGCUUUAAAAUCUGCAGUUGAAGAGUACAGCUCAAAACAGAAAAUGGGAUCAAGAGGAAGAAUUGAUAAAAAGUCGUUUGUUGAGAUACUUAUUAUAACGAGAAAGUACGCCCACAAUUUCAAUUUGUGCAUUAACAGAAUCUCGGAGAAUUUGAAAGGCAAUCAAUUGAAGAGAAUACAGAUCCUGAAAUUGAUUGAUAAUGAUUCAGAAAUGGAAGGAGAAGGAGAAGUUACUGAAAAUGAGAAAUCAUCUCUUGUCAAUAAUGUAACGGUAAAACUGGAUAGUGAAAUAGAUGACCACAUCAAGAGAUGCAUUUUUGAUUCAUACAGCAGCUUGGGAGAAAUGACUCUCUAUAUGCCCAACAAAACUAUAUACUGUGAGCUAAAAUUCUACAACCUGAGUUCUAAAACUUGUAAAUUCGAUCUAAACAAAGUCCAAGAAAUGGAAGUGAUUCACAGAAUAGCUGCUGAUGGACUCUGUGAAUCACAUACUUUUGGUGAUCCGAUUAGAGUCACAUCUUCCAGCAACAUGGACAAUUGGAUGCAGCAGGCUGUCAACAGUCAGACCUUCGAAGCUCUGUGUCUACAUCUCAAUGAAAACGAUGAAUAUCUGAUUGUAAGACUGAAAAAUGCAGUUUCUCUCUCUACAUUUGACUACUUUGCACUCAGACCAGGAACUGAUUGCAUGCUGAUGAAGUCGGUUUGCAGCGGUGAAAUGGUGGUGCCGGAGCCCCUCAACAGAGUGAGUCUGUGCGCAGGCGUGGCUGAAGAGAGGAGCAUCCACGAAUAUGCGGAAGUGGCUGUUGCGCUGAGACAUGUGACUAGAGCUGAGGAGUAUCUUCCCAACCACUUCCUCUCCGGUCUAUUGCCCAGUUUGCUCAGUCAACCAGUUGCUUCUGCCAAACAUGGAUCAGCUCUCAUCAAGAGGAACCAGUACAACAAACUGGAGAUCCAGGUGAAGAAGACGUCAUUCCAUCAAGUGGAGUGUGAAUCUCCAAGAACCAUUUCUCAGGACGAGAAUGGUGUACCAACUCCCAAAAAGCGAAUGCUCCUACCAUUGAAUGAUCAUCCGGCUUUGCUCAAUCCUGAUGUUCACGAAGUAGACUGAAUCUUUCGCAAUUCAACUACUGCUAUACAUUUAUUUACCAAAUGAGUGAUUUGUGUACCUCAUGAAAAUUAUUUGAAUAAUGGGCGUUGUGAACUUUAUCAUUACCGAUAUUAUAUAAUUUCAGAGUUAUGUAUAGUUCAAAUUUUACAAAAAAUGUAAUUAGAAUAUCGGAUUACUGGUCGCACUGAUCAAUGUUAUUAUAUUUAUAAUUAUUACGUUAUUAGCUUUGGUUGAACAAAUAUAUUCAGAAAUUGAAUGACUCACCUUAAAUAUCAGCGAUAAAGUUUACAAUUUAUCUGUAAUCAAGUCCUGUGCAAUUAUAUUUUAUAGAAUAAUCUUGUAUAAUUUAGAUUGUUUCAACAUGAUAAUUAUCUACACCUACACAACAACAAUUGUUUGAAAGUGGAAAAGCGUCGCAGUUCUUUUACAUCUACCGCAAUUCUUACGUUAAAAAUUGAGAAAACACACUCUUUACAAAACACUGUACUAUCUAUCUGUAAUCAGAACUGUAUCUGUCAUGUUGUGCAAUUGUGUAAUUAAGAAAAUCUUGACAUAAUUCAAGCUCACUGAAAAUUUGUUUGUGAACAAAGUGUAAUAAAAAUAAAAGCUAUUUCUUUUAAAAUCA